AUGGCGCAUACAUCCGCAACCGCCAGAAAUCGUCAACCCCACAGUCCGCAUCAUCACCCAACACUGACAUCACUCCGAACUGACGAAAACACUUCUAUACACUCGUGGCACACAAAACUCUACAACCGCUACAUCUUUCGUCGCACUAUCGUUUCCUCCCUUUAUCAACCCCAUGUUGUUUACUCUGACAUGGCGAGUCGCUGGAACUCCUUCCGCAUAUCUCGAAGGAACGGCACAAGCUCGCCGUUCUUUCGAAGCUGCUCCUUGAGCUCCCCGAACUUCUGCACCAUCGGCACGCAUUCGGUGCCUAGCAGACCCAUCGUUGCGUCGUCGGAAAGGGGCAUGCAGACUGUUAGAAUCGUUACACGCGCGUUGUUAGCCAUGGAAUGCGCCGCGCGGAUGCGAGCAAGACGUACCGAUUAG